GCAACAAUGUAUGCUUCUUGACCAUGUCUUCCAAGAACCCGACGAUCAAGAGAAUCCUCAAGGAAGCAUCGGAGCUGGCAAACCAGCCAUCGUCGGACUACCAUGCAGCACCAUUAGAGGCCGACCUCUUCGAAUGGCAUUUCACACUUCGCGGCCCGCCAGCCCCAUCACCAUACGAAGGAGGCAUCUAUCACGGUCGGAUCGUCCUCCCACCUGCAUACCCUCUAAAGCCGCCUUCGUUUCGAUUCCUCACUCCAACGGGCCGGUUUGAGGUGAACAGAGAGAUUUGCCUGUCGAUCAGCGGACAUCAUGAAGAGACAUGGCAGCCGGCUUGGGGUAUUCGGACAGCACUGGUAGCAAUACGGAGCUUCAUGGACACGGACGCAAAGGGACAAGUGGGAGGUAUGGAUGCCAGUGACACGGUACGAAGGAGGUUUGCCGCACAGAGCAAGCUGUCGCGUUGUGCUGCUUGUGGGAAGACCAACGAGGAGAUUGUCAAGGAGCUCGACGAGAUGGUCAAGGAACAAGGUGGAGAAAGUAAGACUGAGGAAGCAGUACCAGAGCAGCUACGGCUGGCUUACAGGGAGGAUCUUGCGAAAGGCGAUGGGAGUGCCAGCGGGGAAGCAGCAAAGGCCACGACUACAGCAACAGAGACUUCAAGCACAACGCCGACUCGAACGAUACCAGCAUCAGCGCCUGUGGCCGCGGCUCCUCCGGUCGUUGCUCAGCAGCAGCGGCAGCCACCACGGCUAGAAGAGGGACUGCCGGCUUGGAUCGACAAGGCCAUCUACGGCGUGGCAGCGGCCCUCGUCUUCCUCUUGUGGAAGAAGUACCUGCUGUGA